UGUACGAGGAUGGCCUGCUAGCCGUUGGCCCAUCUGCUAAUGGCGCACGUCGGGGUCAAUCGCCCAGACUGCUCAUCUUCACCGCUUCUCCUCCUGACUCUCAAUCUCCCCACCACAAAUGCGCGCAUGAAACGGAUUGGGGCAGGCGAGCGAUCGUAUCCUUCAUCACAAUGGAGGUGUAGAAGAAACUGGUGGAGACCUCCGGCAACUGUCCACCCUUUAAAUAUUGUUCUGCAGAAAUUUGUGCCGGCGCCUCUGCUCGAGAUCUGCAAGCUGGGUGUACGUGCUUCAUCUCCAGAUUCGUUAUUUUCUCUGCCGAUAAGUCAACGCGAGUUGAAUCUCCCCACCACCGUCGACGCUCAUCUCCUUCCGGUGCGACGCGUGCCGGACGAGGCAGAUUGGAUCCCUCGCCGCCACCACCGCGUCGCCGCGGACACAUGCUCGGAGAAUCUGAAUGCCUCUACAGGUUACAGCCCAGCUUUGGCCAUUUCUCACGGAAAGGAAGUUACGGGCUGGCAUGGCCCAGUUAAAAUCAAGGGGUGGGGUCAGCUAAAAUCAAGGAGGGGUGAAUUCAUGGUGGAGAGGAUGACACAUCUCCCUGUGAAAUCAGUCCGUAGCACACUUUCCGUAAGUGUAGGAUUUUUGUUAAUACUGCUAUUUUGUUUUGGUCCAAGGUUGAGCUUUGGGGAGUAAACACAAGUAUUGUAAUUUUUUGAUUGGGGACCUUCAGUGUGGUAUCUCUGCUUUCA